GAGUUCAUUUACCAGCGAACGGGAUAGACGAACACGAACUCAGAAUUGCAAUAGAUUGUCUCUGGAUGCAGUUCUGCUGCCUAAUUUUACACCAUUUUAUGAUCAACUUUAUACGAGACUAAUUAAGAAAAAUAUGUCUGUAAUUUCAGAUUUCAAGACAAAUAAACGGGAGGGGGGCGAAAAUUGAGCAGCAGGCCAUGCUGUUCUUCGCAUCCUGCCCCUUAGUCGAAAAUGCGGAGCUACUGGAAAGAUCUUUGGCGAGUACUGGAGUCCCUCACCGACCCACCUAAAAGGUCAGAGGACAACGUUUUGAUGAGCGUUUCCCGAAGUCGUUUGAGCCUGCUGACCCAAUUGAGUCUGCGAAGCGAACCACGAGGUUCCCGAUUUGUGAUUCCAUCCACGAGUCGCCAUGUGAGCUUCUCGCCCAGCACUUUGGAGCACCUGGAAACCAGAGAGGCGGUGAGGCAGGCGGAAACAUCGGCCUUCCAGAAUUUCGUACGGGAGAUGUACGAGAGCUACUACCAACUAUUACUCUCACAGGAGAGAGAACUACAUGGCUUUCGGCCAGAAGAACAGCUGGCCACCCGAAGGCUGGGCCUCAAGGACCUCGUGCGACUCCAGCGAGUGGCCAGUGAUCUGUGGAAGCGAAUGGACAGGCAGCGGAAGCAGCACUACAAGGAUCUGGCCAUGAUGGCACUGCAUCGCCGCUGCUUGCGACUGCCCCCCGAUCCGCAUCGCAUGCCACCACAUCUCAAAGGAUUCAAGAAGCUCAGGAAUUAUAGAUCUUGUUUGUAUCCCUAAUCCCUAAAUUAAGUGCAUUUCUUCGGAUUAUUAAAUAAUAUUGAAGUGGUAA